ACACCUGCAUCAUCACCUCCAACAACGACACCAUUCCCAUCAUCACCCCAACUGUACACCACAUCACCACAAACAUCUACAACAUCACCUCCAACAACGACACCCUUCCCACCAACACCCCAACCACAAAUCACAUCACCCCAACCAUCUGCAUCAUCACCUCCAACAACGACACCCUUCCCAUCAACACCCCAACUCUACACCACAUCACCCCAACCAUCUGCAUCAUCACCUCCAACAACGACACCCUUCCCAUCAACACCCCAACCACAAAUCACAUCACCCCAACCAUCUGCAUCAUCACCUCCAACAACGACACCCUUCCCAUCAACACCCCAACUCUACACCACAUCACCACAAACAUCUAUAUCACCACAAACAUCUACAACAUCUCCUCCAACAACGACACCCUUCUCAUCAACACCCCAACUCUACACCACAUCACCCCAACGAUCUGCAUCAUCACCUCCAACAACAACACCCUUCCCACCAACACCCCAACCACACACCACAUCACCACAAACAUCUACAACAUCACCUCCAACAACGACACCCUUCUCAUCAACACCCCAACCACAAAUCACAUCACCACAAACAUCUACAUCGUCACCUCCAACAACGACACCCUUCCCACCAACACCCCAACCACACACCUCAUUACCACAAACAUCUACAUCAUCACCUUCAACAACGACACCCUUCCCAUCAACACCCCAACUCUACACCACAUCACCCCAACCAUCUGCAUCAUCACCUCCAACAACGACACCCUUCCCACCAACACCCCAACCACAAAUCACAUCACCCCAACCAUCUGCAUCAUCACCUCCAACAACAACACCCUUCCCACGAACACCCCAACCACAAAUCACAUCACCCCAACCAUCUGCAUCAUCACCUCCAACAACAACACCCUUCCCACCAACACCCCAACCACAAAUCACAUCACCCCAACCAUCGACAUCAUCACCUCCAACAACGCCACCCUUCCCACCAACACCCCAACCACAAAUCACAUCACCACGAACGUCACCAUCAUACCCCCUUGUGAACACGACCCGGCCAUCGACAGCCCCGCUACCACGGACAGUCGCUGCGACCACGACAGCGGUUGUCCGCACGACCAGAGCCGCCGCCGUCACCGCAGCAUCGACAACCGGAGCUGGAGCCAACGAAACAACAACAACAUCAACAACAACAACAGUAACAACAACAACAACAACAGCAACAACAACAACAACAGCAACAACAACACCAACAACAACAGCAACAUCAACAACAACAGCAACAACAACACCAACAACAACAGCAACAACAACUACAACAACAACAACAGCAACAACAACAGCAACAGCAACAACAACAUCAACAACAACAACAACGCGACUAUCGACAACAAGAUCUGGACCACCCGCGACAGCUGGACUUACGGCAACAGCUUCGGCGCAAGUGAGGAAGUUCUACGUCCAAAUGCGCUUCGAGGCCGACGGGAAUGUCUCCCUGGCGGACGCCAAGACGCAGAUCGAACUCAUGCUGAGGAGGCUUCAAGUCUCCCUGAGCGUCACUCUGCCCGGAGCGCUGCUCACGCGCGCCAACGUCACAGUCGUCUUGUGAAGGAGGCGUGGCCUCGUGCACACGUGUGUGUGUGUGUGUGUACACGUGUGUGUGUGUGUACACGUGUG